GGGAACAAGUCCAUCCUUUUCCAUUGCCAUCUCUCCGCACCCCGAAAUAAAGCAUGCACGCUCAUUUCGAACAAGUAAUCCAGAAGGUGGACGCCUUAAUGGCAAAAUACCCCACCAUUACGCAAGCAGAUCGACUCCAGCAGCUCGAAACACAAACGGGAUAUCCUAAGGCCUUGUUUUUUGUCGUUCUUUCCACGAUUCUCACUGGGGUGUUGACCCUGAUUGGGGGUGCCAAGCUCUUGGUCGAUCUCGUCGGAUUCCUGUACCCAGCGUACAUGAGUUUCAAGUCCAUGGAUGGCGGAUCCAUUGACGACACUCAGUGGCUCACGUACUGGGUUGUCUUUUCGUUUCUCAAUAUUUUCGAAUCUCUCUUUGCGUUUGUCGUUAAUUUGAUUCCUUUCUAUUUCUGGAUUAAGAUUGCUAUGGUGAUUUGGAUGUGGCAUCCCAACACACACGGGGCGCAGACAAUUUACCAACAAGGACUGCGACCCUUACUUGUGCCGUAUAUGGACGCGGUUGGCGGAAAGAGUAACAAAAAAUCGGAAUAGUCGCGAAGCAGGAACUCAAAAUGGAAAAUACCGAGUCUCUUUUCUAUAGAUCUUUACUUGAGAUU